AGCUCCCUAGCUUUUCUUCCAUCACUUUCAUUCUUCUCUUCUCAUUCAAUGAGACUUUCACAGAGAAUUUAAGAGAUCUUGAUCAGAACUUUUGAUUAUUUCUUCCCUCUUAUAUUUUCUAAAAAUCAAUUCUAACACUCAUCUCUCAUAGUUAUAGAGAAACUCUAUAUAUCUUGAAGAUGAGAAAUAACUACUCCAGAAGAAAACCUAGGGAACACAUCACUACUGUUGCCUUUAUCAUCCUUCUUCUUUUGUUUCUGUUUCUUUACGCUAAAGCUUCAUCGUCCUCCUCUCCUGCUGGUAUUCAUCAUCCCUCAACUCAUGGAAGCUUAAAGAAACCUAGAGUUUUGGAUCCAAAGCCUGAUGAUCUUAAUGGCAAUGCUGCGUUAAGAGGAUCAAGAAUAUAUACAUAUGAAGGUGGUGAGAAUGUUUUUGAAGAUGGAAAGAGAAGGGUCUUCACAGGUCCUAAUCCUUUGCACAAUUGAUAAAUAUUUUUUUGCUUUUCCAAGUUUUGUGAAUUUUGUCUGAAUAAAAAUAUAUAUGUGCAAACAAAACCCAAAACCUUAUUUAUUUACUUUUGUAUUACACUGAUAUACAUUAUAUCGUACGUGAUCUGCCGUGAUUUGUAACUCUUUCUAUGUG